UUUCCGUUUGGCAACACUCACAGCAGUGGUUGUUUUCUGGUGGCGGGGAAAAAGUACGAGUAACAAACGGUUCAGCUGAUGGUCUCUUGGAUUUGACAUAAACAGAUAGCUAAUUAAUUUGACAUUAAUAUGGCCCCAGUGAAAAUUAAACACGUCGUUUCAUUCACGUCACAGGACCCCAAGAACUGUGUGGAGAACCUAUGUGUUGUGGGUGGAGACAGCAGGUCGUGGCUGUGCAACCCCCAAGACCGAAGUGGAGUCCUCAGAGCAGAACUGCAGCUGGAGCGAGCCUCAUACUUUGGAUACAUCGAUGUGGGGAACUGUGGAUCUGCGUUCAUUCAGAUUGAUGUUGGCCGGUCCUCUUGGCCCCUGGACCAGCCCUAUAUCACCCUGUUGCCAACAGCAACACUGAUGAGUCCAGCAGAAUCGCGACAGGGCACUGGGCUGACCGGAGUGAGAAUGUUCAAGAAAGGUGAUUUCCUGUCAGAAGGUGCAGAGGACAGCUGGGACCGGGUGAGAGUAACCUGCACCCAGCCUUUUAACAAGCGCUCUCAAUUUGGCCUGUCCUUCCUGCGCAUCCGCAGCCCCCUGGAGGAGAGCGAGGAGGGCACCACACAGACUUGCAAAGAGAACCAGGGUCAGACAACCCCAGACAAAUCAGCAUCAGGCGUGAGAGAAUGGCUGUCGAGCCCUGCUGUGCAGAAAACUUUCUUUGGGGGAGCGAAAGGGGAGGGUGUGGUUCUGAGCCGGACAGCUCGUAUGGUCCUCACAGCGUCCCAGGCUGCCAGGCGUUCCCUUUCCCUUCCUUCCACUUCCUUGUCUCCCAGUCACACAUCAUCCUCUGGCACUCAGAAUACAGCAACCUCUUCCCCUCCCACAGCCAAGCCAGAUGCAACUACUCAUAUCCCCAACCAGGGAAAGCCAGGGGCUCAUACAGCUACACACAACAAAGGAAAGCCAGUUGGAAAUAUGGGAAAUAUACACCCUCACACAGCUUCAAUGGCUUGUUUAAGCACAGUUCGCAGCUCCAAGGAAAAUACUUCUCAAAGACAGCUGAAGAGAAAACCGAACUCCAAAAGCAGGCAGAACCAGCUGAAUGGCACCACCUCUAGUAAGCACGGAAAACCUACAGUCUGUAAGAGGUCAAUAGCUACUCUACAACACACUGCCACAGCUCCUCAUCCUCACCCAUCUCCAGAGCCUCAGGACACUGGUGACCUUGAGACCACAUGCCCAAUAUGCGGAGUGUUCUUUACUGCAGAGUACCUGCCACUCCACGCCGCCUCCUGCCAGCAGGUGGAGACCAGGAAGCUCCCUGGGGGGAUUGUGACCCCUGUUCCACGCCACUUCCCUGUCUCUCCCGCUAGCCUGGAGGAGUCCAUGGUGCCCUGCCCUCUCUGCUCCUUCAAGUUCCCUCUGUCCCACAUCCAGAUGCACGCCAGCACCUGUGGAGACCCUGUGGACCCCCAUGUUAUCUGGGUGGACUAGGAAAGAAUGCAUUGUAUAUUAACACGUUUUUGCUUUUAAUCAGUGGGCAGUGCAGCAAACGUGGACAAUCUUUUGUUUUUAAUAUACUGUAUGUAUAUUUGUAUUUUACUGACUUGUUCUGUAGCUAUAUAUACCUGGACAAAUAAUGAAUCUCUCUCUGCCUACCUCUAUUCACCACUCUGCUCUGAGUGAUUGGUUCUCUCCUGAGCUCAUUGAAGGCUGUUUGUUAUUGCACUGUUUACACAUGCUAUGUGCUAAUGAUGACCUAUAAUAUAUUGUAUACUAUAAACAGCAUCAAUCAUAGACUGUUCAGUUCAUCUUUGUUCAGGAAGUUAUCACAUAAUUGAAAUUAUCAAUUAAAUUAACUGAUAUUGUCUUGUUGGCUGUUCUUUGUUUUUUUUUCACCAUUGAACUUGUUGCACAGGGAAUGUUAAUUACUCCUGGUACCUGUUAACAGCGUCUCAUCUGCAACGUUUCCACUGGGGAGCAUUUCCAAUGAUCAUGUUAAUAGAGGCUUGGUAUGGAAGGCAAGGGCCACUCCCUGGUUUGGGUCUUGCCAUGUGUGUAACACUGAAAUGGUUGCUUUUUAAUUAGUCCUGUCCCAGGAGAGUAGAGAUGUGUUACUUGGUUUGUGGCGAGAAAUUCUAACCAAGCUAACCUGUGUACUCAGCCAAGAGCACAUUACCACAGUAGGCCCAAACAGCAGUCAGUGGAUUUCACUGCCGUUCUCUCCUACCAACCUCUUAGCCUCAAGAAUAACCAGGGCGCUUGGAUUUCCACCAAUUUAAUGUGAGGUUACCUUCACACUACGGACAAAAAUUACUGUCUGUCACUUUCACUAAAGAAACCUCAAGGUUAGUGUAUUUGAAACAAACUUAGCAAAGAAAAGAUGUGAAACAGAUUGAAAUAUGAUGUAAAAUGUGUAAAGAAGUAUGGUAUGCAUUUUGUAGUAGAAUGUAAGUCAA